AGGAAACCCAAAUUAAAAAGAACACAAGGGUUUUGUUUUUCUUUUUUUACGAUAAAUACUACCUCUCAAAUUGCUGUCACGCUCGAAAAACUUAGCCGCCUAAUCACAGAACCCUGGAAUUCUUUUACGUUCUGGCCCCCAAAAAAAGUCUACAAUGUCUAUGUCUGAUGAUGAAUGUUCUGUUGAUUAUGACCUUGAUGAUGAACAAGGAUAUUAUAAUUCAGAGGAAUAUCCAGAUUCCCCUGGUUCAGAUGAUCGCGAUUGCUCCAUAGAUAAUAAUAUGGAAUUCAGGUUCUUCAGCAGCGAGGAAAUUCGGGCUCAUGUACAUAGAGAUAUCUCGGAGAUUUCGAGCCUGCUCUCCGUUUCUAAUGAAUCAGCGGUAGUUCUCCUGAGUAAAUUUGGAUGGGAUGUUGGCCGGAUUCACGAGGAAUGGUUUUCCGACGAAGAGAAAACCCGACGGGCUUGUGGGCUCAGAGUGCCGGCGGAUUCUUCUGAGGGUGAAAAAAGGGAUGUGAAAGGUAAAUUCUUUUGCGGGAUUUGCUUGGAGAGUCAUAGGCAUGAUUCAGCGAAUAAUUCUGCAGUCAAAUCCACCUGUGGUCAUGUCUAUUGCGAAACGUGUUGGAGAACUUAUAUUAGCACCGCCAUCAACGACGGCGCCGGUUCUCUGCUCCUGAGAUGUCCGGAACCCUCUUGUAAGGCUUCAGUUGCCGACAUGAUUGGUUCAUUAGCAUCCGAUGAAAACAGGGCAAAGUACGAGAAUCACUUGUUGAGAUCAUAUGUUGAAGGUAAGAAAAAUUUCAGGUACUGCCCGGGUCCCGGAUGUGAAUUUGCUGUUGAAUGUUUAGACAGUGAAGAUAUCAGUGGAUGUCCCUGGAGAAACCACGAUGACUAUGGUUGCAACCGGUACGAGGUAGCGAAGAAGGAUGGUAGGUUUAGUGAAGAAGAGAAUAUCAGGGAGAUGGUGAAGAGAUCAUUGGAUAGAUAUACGCAUCAUUUCGAGAGAUGGAUCGGUAACCAUAUCUCGAGGAAGAGGGCGUUGGCGGAUAUCGAGGAAUUGUCCGCCAAGCAUCUUGAGAAAUUGAGAGACAUUCAUCACUUGACAAUGUCUCAGCUGCAGUUUAUCAAGGAUGCGUGGGUUCAGAUUGUGGAAUGCAGGAGGGUUUUAAAAUGGUCGUACGCGUACGGGUAUUAUAUGCCGGAGAAUGAGCCGGAGAAGAAGAAAUUCUUCGAGUAUUUACAAGGGCAAGCAGAGUUUAAUCUGGAGAGACUGCAUAGUUUGGUUGAGAAAGAGCUUUCAAGACACAGCAACAAAGAAGCUCCUCCUAUAGAAUUCACAAGUUAUAGUACAAAAGUGGUUGACCUAACGAAAGUUACACGGGGUUACUUUCAGAACUUGGGUACAGCACUGGCCAAUGGUCUUUCAGACGUGAACUAA